CGUCGUGUAUAACCUCAACAUGAUGUCCUGACUCCGAUAUGCAAUCGUCUGAGCAAUGAAGGAAAGCACGUUAAUCACCUUGUUAAUCAUCCUGUCUAUCUGUGACACAACUUUCAAAGAACUGGGUCCCUGAACCUCUCGUCGUUCUGUUUGACAACAGUACUCAGGACCCUACCAUUUACUGAAUAUGUUUUGUCCUUGUUCAUCUUACCAAAAUGAAAUACCUCACAUUUAUCCAAAUUAAACACCGUCUGCCACUCCUCAGCCCAUUGGCCCAAUAGACCAAGAUGCCGACUUCAUGGUGGAACUCCAGGGCUGUGAGGGGAAGUGGGGAAAUGAAAAGGAUUUCUGCAAGAUCAGGAAAACACACCUGUUCACGAACGCACAAAUUCAGUGAGAAGAGUCCUUUAAUUGUUCCUCUUUAUGCAUGGACCUUUCUUUUACAAGUACACUACACAUAGCUUGUUCAACAGAAUGCAAACGUAAAGAUUUUAUUUCAUUUCACGAUCACUGAUCCAAUUUACAGGCUCAUUAUUCUCACGCUCUUUGCCUUUGACACUUCUAUCUAUUCUUACGUGUGUGUGGAAUAUAUUACAAUGGUUUUGAACAGUAAUAACUCAAGAGCUCCUUUCCCUGCUUCCCUCGAGAAUUCUUUCCUUCAAUGAAGAAUGAAUGGAGGAUUUUUCAAAAAGAUUGUUUUCUUCAAAACCGAGAGCUGCGUUCACUCUGACGUCAAUGUUCCCAGGUUCUGAUUGAUUUUUCUGGGGGCUUGUUUACUUCUGUCAAAAUUGCCGUUUGCUAUAUAAAGGGCCGACCGAGUCAGAGUUUGGAUCCGCUCUGUGGUAGCCGGGCUGUCUGUUUCAGCACCAUGGAGAGUACUCGCCUUUGCCUCCUCACCCUGCUGGGCGCCGCUCUGCUCGUCAACUCCAAUUGCCAGGAAUCAGAGCUGCAAGCCAGGUCGGUAGACCGUUACUCAAUCAAAGAGGACUCUUCUCAAGAAAAGGAGCUGAUUGAAGCUUUGCAGGAAGUGCUGGAGAAACUGAAAAGCAAGAGGAUGCCAACCUACGAGAAAAAGUUUGGAAUGGUCCCAAUGUGUGAUGCUGGGGAACAAUGUGCUGUAAGGAAAGGAGCCAGAAUUGGAAGACUCUGUGACUGUCCCAGAGGAACCUUCUGCAAUUCAUUCCUCUUGAAAUGUUUGUAACAAUGUCCAAAUCUGGGCACUCAUAAUAAAAUAUUGUUUUAAACGCAUUUAAAAACUUGAAAAGUCAAUUUGGCCAAUCAAACAUAUUCUAUUUACAAAAAAAAGGAUGGUGAAAAUGCAUGGACUUGCAAUUCUACAGUCUUGUAGAUCUGUGUGGGAGGUAGUAACGUAUGUUUCCGGCAUUGCUGUGACACUGUUGUGGACAGUUGCGUCUUUUUUCUUAUGGUAAAAAGUUGUUUCUGCCUGUACCAGUUAAUGAGUUACAGAUAUUUCAUGAUAUACUAAGUGUUUAACUUCCGGUCACAGAACAGUGUGACUUGUAUUUAUAAAACUGUAUUUUUGUAUUUAGAAUGCAUUAAACCUACUAAUAAAAUCAGUUCUAGGCAUCUC